AUGGGACGAUCUUCGACUGAUGAGCUUGUAGACAAUAUUACUUCGAAAGCGAACUAUAUCAAGGAACUACCACGACGUAUAGACUCAUCUAUGACUGCAGCAGUAACUGAAUGGAAAUCGUUAGUCGCAAAGGCUUGUUUACCACUUGUUUUAGAACUAGCGCCAGAUUCAAGUGAUACCACAGCUCAGCUACCAAGUAGUGACUACAUGAUUGAUCUGCGUGCUGGUAUUAACGUAUUACCACGACGAUUCGAGUCACAACGAAAACCGAUUGAUGCGGAAGCUAAACUCCUCCAAAUUCAACAUGAAAAGAAAAUUGAACAGAAUGAAAUCAAAUGUUACAAAAUGAACGAGAAAGGAGAACAGUUUCAAUUUAAAUUUGAAUCUUCACGACCCAGUUUGCUUUUUUCAAGCCGGAAAACAUCGCACGAAUCAUCUAAAUUUAUUCAAGAAUUCCGCAAAUUUACUUUUCCAGACAAAGUUCUAAACAACCAAAUAACAAUUUACGAACCGAAGCACUCAUUUAAAUACUGUGCAUAUCCUAACUGUAGUAGCACGAAUGGAAUUAAGGACAAUAUUACUCAUCUUCAACUAUGUGAAAAUCAUGAAAAAGAAUUAAAAAAUAAUCUUGAUUCCCAGUGGAUUCCACCACAAGCUUUGGAAAUUUAUAACAUAAUUAAAGCUCAAGGAGAGAAGGAUUGUGAAGAGAAUCAUCAUCGAAUUUAUUAUCAAUUAUUACCACAAUUAAACAAAUGGAUAGAAGAAAUUGAUAAUAUGAUACCAACUGACUGUUCCGGUACGGGUUCCCAUGUUUCUGCUACUGAUGCUUGGCUGGUUCUUCAAUUACGACCAAUACGUCAACUCAUAAUGCUUAUGAAGUCGUUCAUUUUUAUUUAUCGCAUGUAUCUGAAUCCACAUCCUGACGUUAUUGCGGCUCUCAUUGCCUUAUUUAUACACGUCACAGAAAGUUGUGCGGUGAGAGAGACUAUUUGUCAAGAAGUCACCAAAAUGAUUCGAUCAUUUUGUGGAAUCGUUAGCAGUAUAUUUAAUUACUUUGGUAUUGGUAUUUUGUAUACAUUAGAUAUGAUAAUUACUGAUGAUGCAUAUCUAGCCAUUAUCUUGAAAGGAUUAGGACUUACAUUAAUGGUCAUAGGUUGGAGCCUGAUUUCUGCAGCUUUUGCGCCAAUAAUCAUAGUUGGUGGGUCUGCUACAAUCGCUGUUGGUGGAGCUGUUGCCGGAAUUGCUGCCAUCGGUGCUGGUUUGACUUCUGUUACUAUUGGCCGUCGAAUGGGUGAAGAACGUGAGAAUCGUAGCGCGCCUGAUCCACGUCUGAUUCAAGUUCAUUUGAAUCUGGCACUAGCCAGGGAAAGAUUAUGGCAAUGGAUAGGAAACGAAUAA